ACUACUUUACUACUGUAUUGGAGGUUGAUUCAAAAUGGAGUAAGGUUAUCAGAACGUAAUUGAAUGUGUUACGAUAACAAACAAAAUCCAUAAUUUAGCUUAAAUGAUCAAUGUGUACAAUACAGCAGAUAUCUCUACAAAAUGACUGACGACAAGACGACUAGCUCAUUAGGUUUCUUUUCGAGCUACGACGAUUUGAGCGACAGCAGCGCCUCUGACGAGGAGGCUUCGCACCGCCGGAGGGAUCAGCACCAGGAGCCAGGGACAGAUGCAACGGGAAGUGAUGCGAAAUGUUCCGCUCAAGGGAGCAAACAAGAAGCCGGCGAAAAUCGUUUGCCAAAGCCCGACGAGCUUUUUAAUUCCGUGUCCAAACCAGCGUUUCUCUACAAUCCUCUGAACAAGGAGAUUGAUUGGGAUAACCUGACGGUGAAACCUCCCGAAGAGGCACCUAGGGAGUUUAAACCGUGGGUGACAAAUGCUGUGCCCCCUCCUCAAAGUUAUGCAACAGAGCCCGAGAAGAAGAAAGGACCACCUCCGGGCAUGGACAUGGCUAUAAAGUGGUCCAAUGUGUAUGAGGACAAUGGUGAAGAUGCACCAAAGGCUCAAACAGGAAAAGCCCAGUUUCUGCCUCCAGAGGAGCAACAUGUUGACUCAGAUGAGGAAUCUAAGAAGUCUCCUUCAUCAGCCAAGAAACGUCGGGUGGAGAGCUUCCAGCAAAAAGAGAAGAGGAAGCGGGAUAUGGGACAAGCCACUUCGGACAAGAGUUUUGUUGAAGAGGAGAAAAGAAUCCUUAGACAAAAAAUUGAGUGAAAUCCAAAUUGUUUAAAAUGGAGUUGACUUCAUGUUUUUCCCCAUUUGAACUUCUAAUAUUAUUUCUACAUCAGUAAAUAACGUUAACACAUUUAAAUUGAUAUCCUUAAAACUGAACUUUACAAGAGGCUCUGAGUGCAAUGAAGCAAAACUGUCUGGUAAGUGAUUAAUUUAUAAUGGUGGUUCUCUUUACGCUUACUGUAUUGUCUUCAUGCACAAAGGCUGCCCUUGGCAUGAUUUCGGGAGCGACCCACUUUAAUAUAACAAUUGUUAUGAUACCAUAUUAAAGAAUGAACCAUUUUUUCACUUAAUAAAACCAAUAUUUUUACACAAAAUAUAACAACAUAAAUUUGUUAAUUAUUAUUAUUAUUAUUAUUUUACGAAUAAGCUAGCUAAAUAUUGGAGGAGGAGAAUUUUUUUGGGGGGUUGGGGGCGAAAUCGGAAUAAGACAAAACAUCAUGAACACACUGUAGGUUGAAAAACUAAAACAAGUUUGAAAUGCUGUUCUUGAUUUUUUAUGUCAAGAGUGGAAUCUGCAACACAGGAGAAAAUCAUAUGUUCUGUUACCAUUUCUUCCUUAUAAUAUGAUGUGCAAAAACAUGUAAUCGUACGUAAAGCAUGUUUUAUUCACUUAAUGUUUGGCAUUUGCAUGAUCAUUAAGGGAAUGUGUCAUGUGAUAAAAAAUGAAUGUGCUGAUUGGCCAAGAGGAUAUUUUGUUGCCUGUGAUUGAAUGCGCAGCAAAGUGAAUUUGAAUUUUUCAAACGGAAUUUGUAUUAUCAGACCUGACUAUGAAAAAUUAAAGGAGUUGAAUUUCAAAUUCAGUUUCAAAAAAAUUAUUCAUACUCAGUUUUCAACUCAAUGGUUUAAAAAAAAAAAAAAAAAAAAAAAUUACCUCAUUCCGAUUCGAUUAUAUUUGAGUUAAUUAUUUCAAAUUCAAGUUUAGCAUUAAAGAUUCAUUGGAGAAAUUCAGAUUUAGUUUCAUUUGGCAAAAAUAUUGAUCAACCCAUAGAAAAACGAGGCCCUCUGACAGAAUAGCAAGUACAAAGAAAAGAGUUGAAAUGAUCCAAUGAUCCUCUGUAUUACCUCUACAGUCAUCCCACCACUGCAAGAGAUUAGCGCUAUAUAUAAGUAUAACACCAUUUACCAUUCAUCAUUUCCACCACUGACGGUGACUAAAAAUAUGCAAAUAUUACCCGUGUUUAAUUUUUUAUUUUUUAUUUUUUAUUUUUUUUUAAAUAAUACUUCCCUGUCCGUGAUCGUUACCCACCUGCAAUCAUCUUUCAAAUGUAGUAUUUUCAAUUUCAACCUAUUUUACAUUUUGCUUUUCUCUCAAGAUUUUCUAAAAUGUAUUGAGUGGAGGAAAGGAAAAGACUCUGAGCACUCUGUAUGGUGUAAACCACAAGUCUAGUCUCACAUUGGACAUAUAAUGAAAUGCUCAGACAGAAGCGUAAUAUGAUAAUUUACUGUAAUAGUGUGGCACAGAUGACUGACUGCACCAGAAUAUUUCCAAGUGGUGUCCCUGACGUUGAGCUAACAUUUUUCCACAUAUGUCAAAAAUGCAUAAUGCUGUGGACUAAGCAGGAGACAACUCCAUUCAUUAUAAAAUGCAACCCACUUCGGGUCUUUACAUAAUUCAGUAAUUUGGAAGGCUGAUGUCAGAAUGCACAGAUAUUUAAAUCAGACCAACAAAAAACAUGAAUUUAUUAGAAUUAACCUUACAUGCUUGCUGCCCAUUAACAAGUUUUGCCCAAACCUGUAGUUGAUGAAUAACUUUAAUGACCUUCUUACCUUUACCUUUCCUCUUCCAAAAUACCUCUACAAAAUUGUAUUGUAUAGUAUUGUAUUGUAUUGAUUCUAGGAUGGGAUUAUGAUGAGUCUUUCUAGGAGUUUGUGCAGUAUCUUGUAGGGUUACUUCAAAAUAAUACGACGAAGUUAAAGUAAAAGUAGUCAACCCAAAAAUUUACUUAAGUGUAAGUAAAAAAAUAUAUUUGGAAUACUAAAGUACUGACUAAAUGCUUAUAAUAUAUGACUAAAAAUUUGGAACAAAUAAAUUCAGACUAAAUAAAACGUAUAUGCAAAUUCGGGAAUCUGUAAAUAAUAGACAAAUUAACACAAAUUUGUCGAAAUCGUCUCGUUUUCGCAGGCACAGAAGAAAUUGCUGCUAUUUCGCACGGUGUAACCGAAACAUGUUUUGUAUAUGAGUUCAUGGCUGUUAUUGUUGUUGUUGCAUUGUUGUUAUUAUUUUCUGUUUCAUCGUUGGAGACAUUUAAAGCUGCCAUUUUCCAAAUGCUUUGUAACCCGUUGCUUUUUUGGCCAUUUCUUUUCUUUCUCUUGACAAGAGCACAAAUACUUUUUUUUUUUUUUGUAAAAAUAAAAACAACAAAACAUUGUGUAAAUAAUAUGAAAUAAAAGUAAGCAACGUAUA